CGUUGGCUGCUAUUGUUUGCAAGAGCAAUAAACGUGUUGUAGUUUAUUAACAGCACUAAAAUAAUAUAUAAUCACAUCAACACACUUUGAAUGAAAAAAAUAUGUUCUAUUCUACACACACAGUACAGUUUGUUGAGAGGAAAUACUCUGCUAAAUGCAUAACAUAAAUUAAGUAACUUGGCGCUGCAGGAACAAAGUCUUGGUUUUGCUACAAAUCUGAGAAAACAGGACCGUGAUUUUUUUUAAUCCCAAACACGUGAUGGAAUAAGGAGGGUGUAUGCAUAACUUGAGAGUUAACUUUUUAAGCAUUUCUUUUUGAUUGUAGGACUUGAAGUGACAGUUUAAGUUGGUCCUCUAUCUCAAGCAAUGUUUCUUUUAAAGUUUAUUGGCUUUUUAGCUAUUUUCCGCUCUUCUUACCAACAGUUCCCAAGAGCGUGUGCUACAGCCGAAGCCCUCCUAAGCAAAGAGUGCUGUCCAGUUUGGGAUGGGGACGCAUCUGUUUGCGGGGAGAGCUCUAGAAGAGGCUCUUGCCAAGAUGUUUCUGUCACAGAUGCCGCGGACGGGCCCCAGUUCCCACACUCUAAUGUCGAUGACAGAGAGAAGUGGCCCUUGGUGUUUUACAACAGGACUUGUCAGUGCGUUGGCAACUUUAUGGGCUACAACUGCGGUGAUUGCAAGUUCGGCUUCUUUGGACCCAACUGCGACGAGAGAAGAGAGUCCAUUCGAAGGAGUAUUUUCCACCUAACCACAGCUGAAAAAAAUAAAUUCAUAGCGUACCUGAAUUUGGCUAAGAAUACUGUCAGUACAGAUUAUGUAAUAGCUACUGGCACCUACAUACAAAUGAACAACGGGUCCACCCCAAUGUUUAGAAACAUCAGUGUUUAUGACCUGUUUGUGUGGAUGCACUACUACGCGUCUAGGGACACUUUGCUUGGUGGGUCCAAUAAUGUAUGGAGGGAUAUCGAUUUCGCCCACGAAGCCCCAGCGUUUUUGCCUUGGCACCGAGUGUUUCUGCUGCUCUGGGAGCAAGGUAUACGAAAGUUGACGGGAGACCAGAACUUCACUGUUCCUUAUUGGGACUGGAGAGACGCGCAGGACUGUGAUGUAUGCACUGAUGAGUAUCUGGGAGGUCGUCAUCCCACCAACCCCAAUAUUCUCAGUCCAGCUUCAUUCUUCUCUUCUUGGCAGGUAAUUUGCACAAAAUCCGAGGAGUACAACAGGUUAGAGACUUUAUGUAACGGGACUGGUGAAGGGCCCAUUCUGCGUAACCCAGGCAACCAUGACAGGAUCAGAACACCCAGGCUGCCUACAUCUGCGGAGGUGGAAUUCUGUUUGAGUCUGACAGAGUAUGAAACUGAACCCAUGGAUAAGUUUGCAAACAUGAGCUUCAGGAACACCUUGGAAGGUUUUGCAGAUCCUUCUGAUGGCAUGGCCAACAGAGCACGGAGCACCUUACACAACUCGCUUCACAUCUUCAUGAAUGGCUCCAUGUCUCAAGUCCAAGGAUCGGCUAACGACCCGAUCUUUGUGCUUCAUCAUGUGUUCGUCGACAGCAUCUUUGAGCAGUGGCUGAGGAGACACCAGCCUGUGGGAGCGGCCUACCCUGCAGCUAACGCACCAAUCGGACACAACCAUGGCUAUCACAUGGUCCCGUUUAUUCCGCUGUACAGGAACGGUGAUUUCUUCCUUUCGUCGCGGGAGCUGGGAUAUGAUUAUGCUUAUUUGUUGGAGCCAGGACAAAGGUUCCUGGAGGAGUUUUUGGCACCAUACCUGGAUCAAGCACGGCAGAUCUGGCAGUGGCUGCUAGCAGCUGGGAUACUCGGGGCAUUGGUGGCGGCCAUCUUGGUCUUGUCAGUCGUGCUGACCUGUCGCAAGAGGAAGAGGAGAAGGUCCUCUUAUGAAGAGAGACAGCCUCUGCUCCACGACAGUGAUGAGAGCCAGAACCUCAAUUACCAAACUACACUGUGACUGAAAACAGGAGUCUAGAUAAGGACGGGCAAGUCUGCUGUGAGACAUGCUGCAGCCUCUCACGAAUGUGUUUGUGGACCACGGGUAGCAAAUUGCAAAUGUGACAGUGCAUUUGUGUGGAGUGUGGGCACAACAUCGCUACAACAGUUCAUAAAACAGAUUUGCAUGCAUAAGUAAACGUGACCUGGCAUAGCUAAUAUUGUAUUGCUGUUUUUUUGUUUUUUUUUUUAAAAUGUGAUCCAGUAAUGAUCUAAUAAAUGUACACUACAAUAUCAGUGUAAGUUUGGAUGAAAUGGAACGCAUCAUGAAUAGAUUAUUACUUCAUUGGAUUUCAAUAAGAAAUUAUGUUUUUGUUUACAAGGAAUUACAUUUGAAUCCUGUCAUUUUUUAAAAUCCAAUUGUAUUUUUUAUUUAUUUUACUUUAUUUGUAUUUUAUUUUAAAACAACAGGGUACUAUGGUGUUUAUGACAGAACUACUUUGACAGUUUUUCAUCCAGGUUUCAGUAAAAGUCUGAUCACUUAUGACUUGCCCAUCUCUAACUGCAUUCCUUGAUUGUUACGUAAAUGUAAGUAUUGAAAAAAAACGUUUAUUAAACUGAGAAAUAUGCUGUGA